UUAACUCAGUAAUAUUUUCUAAUCUCAUAUUUUUCUCUGCACAAUAUAUUUAAUUUAUUUCCAGACAGACAUAAAAGUUACUUCAAUUAUCGGUUCUGCACUGUUUCUUCUGCCAUUAUUUACUGGUAGCGUGUGUGGUAUCAAUAUACCAUCCACACUUAAAUCUCCUACAAAAAAUAUACCAAUUGGCAUCUUGUGCAGUUUAUGUACCAUGCUUUUUCUGAUUUCAUUGCUAUCUGUUUUAUUGGCUCUUGGAGUGGAACGUCAUUUUCUACUGGAUAAAUUCGGAUUUGGGACAUAUCCAGUUGUUCCAAUUAUCUUUUCAGCUUUUCAGGCAGUGCAUCCUGUAAUAUUUGUCAGUGGAUUAGUGUUAAUGUCAAUAAUAGCCGCUACUCAGAGCAUGUAUACAGCGAAAAGUUUAUUGCUCAAUAUCAUUACAAGUCAUUUGAUUCCGGUCCCGCGUUUUUUUCAUCGACGAGACAGUAGACGACGUAAAUUAAUCACAGUUGGGAUAGUUUCACUCUCAACUCUUCCUUAUUUAUUUAUAAAUAACGUGGAUUACUUGUUACUUAUUGCUAGUUGCUGCAUGUUGGCAGCGUUAAUUGUUAUCAAUUUAAGCACUACUUUCUGUUCUGCGCUUAAUUUUCCCAGUUUCCAUCCAGGGUUUCGUCUGUUUCACUCAUUUAUUGCCAUAUUCGGUGUUGCUAGCUGUACUCUUUUGCUGUUUGGAUGUAAAUUACAAAUUGGUGUGAUGGUUGCUAUCAUCGUUACAAUCAUUUACUCUGCAAUUGCCAUGCGUUCAAAAUCUCUUCAUCCGUGGAUGCAACAUAGCGUUGUCAUUGAUAUCGCUAAUAUGUUGCUUUAUUCAUCAACGCAAAAAAGUGCUGUUAGAUUAAUUGAAACUUUUCGUUCAAAGCCUCGAUGCAUUGUUUUCAUGCGAUUCCCUGCGGCUUCUGACAAUUUACUUCAAAUGGCAAAAAUUUUAUCACAAAACCGUAGUGCUCUUUGUAUAUCAUUGAUACGUGAUGUGGGUGAUCAUGAAAAUACUGGUUAUGAUGAUGUAUACACAGCACGCCAGUGCAUGAAUUAUAUUAAACUUUCUGGAUAUGCAACACAGUUCAAAUAUCAGAAGAUUAGCUCAUUACAUUCAAUAGCAUCUGCUUUAGUAAGCUGCUGUGGUUUAGGAGUUUUUAAGUCGAAUACAGUCAUAAUUGAAUAUCCGGCCGAAGCAGCUUUGAAAGGUCGACCAGAUUCCCUUCUGUAUCAUUAUCACGUUCACCGUGUUUGCGUUCAGCACUGUAAUUUAGUUGUUGUCAAGGGUUUUUUUCCUCUGAAGAUAGAGGCAUUACAAUCGAAUCAAACUAUCGAUAUUUGGUGGAUCAUCGAUAAUGGUGAUGUCUUGUUAAUGGUUGCAAAAAUGCUAAGAAAGCACAAAAUGUGGCUUCAAGCAAAGUUACGUCUAUUUGUGGUGGUGGAUUUGAAAGAUGAUAUUGAGCAAAUUGAAAGAGAACUUUAUUUGUGGCUUACUGAUAAUCACUACUUGCUUGACAAAAUCGAAUUCAUCAGAGCUGAUGUUAGAUUUUUGUUUAAAAGUCUAGUAUAUUUCAGAUUACUUCCAACUUUUAACUUAAACAAUAAAGUGUUUGAAGAAUUUCGAGAGCGACUUCCUGAUGGUAAGCCGAUACAAAAUGCUGUAGACAAUGGAUUUCGGAAAUCUCAAAUGAACUCAAACUUAGAAGAAGGUGAACGUAGCUUGAGACCACGCGAGCUAAAGAUAAGAGCUCAACAACUGAACAGAGAAAUAUGGCAGCGUAGUUCAGAAGCUGCUUUGGUCUUAAUGAAUAUGCCAGAACCGCCAAAAAAUUUAGAACGUUUUUGGAAAUAUUUAAAUUUUUUGAAUGAAUUGUCUCAUAAACUGAAGAAAGUACUAUUUGUUCGAGGAGUUGAUAUAACGUUCAGUGCUGAAAGUGACACGUCGACUAUUAGGGAUUGGACUGAUUAA